AUGGUUGGUUUAAAAGGAGGGUGGACAACAAACAAAGGUUUAGAUGGCAUUUAUUAUUACCGAGCAAUUAGUCCACCAAGUGGGACAGACUUGAAGUUAUUUCCUCAUAAAUUAAAUAAUGAAAUAAAGUGGACAUUUGAUGGUAAUGCUUCUAUUCGGACUUGGUUUUUCACUCGUAGAGGAGACACAGCAAGAAAAACAAUUGCGAGUAUAUCUUCGACUGGUGACAUUACAGUAUUCAGCAAAAGUCUACCUGGAGUUAGUGUAACUCCACCAGCAACACUGGCUUUAGAGAAUGUUGAUCAGGAUUUCAAUGGAAAAUAUGAAUUUCAGCUUACUCUGGAUGAUGGAAGUAGCAGUCUUUCUUAUUUAAACGUUUAUAUUACGGCAAAACCAAAUGUGACAUCAAAUUGUUCUGGUACCACGACGCUAAAUGAAGGUGAUAACUUUAGCUGUCUGUGUAAAGAUAAAGAUGGAAAUCCACCAGCUGAUGUUACCUGGUUUAAAGAUGGCGAGCAGAUUGGUGAAACAGGAAAGAAAGAACAAAUGUUGACUCUCAAAAAUGUUCAUAAUACAGACAGUGGAACCUAUAAAUGUGUCGCUGAAAGCGACCCUGAUGAAAGAUAUAAAGAUGAAAAAACAAUAAAGAUAAUAGUUCAAUUUAAACCGAGGAAACCAGAAUUAAUAUUCACAAGUAAUCUAGCUUCACUUGGUGGCUCAUUUACCAUAUCAUGUUCAUCUGAUGGUGUUCCUGAACCAAGUUAUAAUAUAACCCAUAAUGGUACCGAAGUCAGCACUGAAAAGUCGUUAACCAUAUCUCCAGUGAAGUGGAGUGAUGCUGGAAGAUACGAAUGUUUUGUAAAGAAUAAUCUGGGAAAUGAUUCAGUUUCUAAAGACUUGAAAGUAACAGGAGAUUUUGUUUUUCCAAAUGGUAAAAUAGGGCUAACACCAACAGCAAAACCAACAACAACAAAUUCGCCGAAUCCAUCGAAAGGCACAACAACGCCAAAAGUUAAAGGCAAAGACAAAACUAAGGAUGAACCUUUACCUCCUGGUGUGAUUGCUGGAAUAGUUAUCGGCGUGUUGGCAUUCAUCUUGAUUAUUGCUGGUGUGGUUUAUUAUUUCUACUUUAGAUCAGGGGAAAGGGCUGCUUAUAUGAAACCUGACGGGACAGGUAGAGCAGAAAAGCUCGAGGAUGGAUACAGAGGAAAACGUGAUGUAAGCCCUGGUGGUAGAAAUGACAACCAGUAUGAGAUGGGAGACAACGAGUACGACACAGUUAAACCCGGCGAUGGCGGUGAAGGCUCUGGAGAGAAACCAAAGAAGAAGAAUCAACCACCUGUCUAUGCACAAGUUGAUAAGGAAAACAGGCAGGGAAAACCGUUGUAUGCAACACUCGAUACGGUUGCCUUGGACUCGGGUGGUUCGAAGAAACGAGAUGAAGGCCGCGCUCAACCCACCGAAUAUGCAGCUAUCGAUCAUGGUAGAACAGGGGACGUACCCAGGGCUGACCUCGUGUAGACGAUGGAAGGGAGUUGUUCUGUGAGACGUUGUUGUGUUUUGCGACCUAUUACUUUUCUUAGGCACUGUAGUUACCGGGAUACCGGGAGCUGUAUUGAGCGCAUUAACACGUAUCAUAGAAGUAGAGAGUAAGGUUUCAGUGCAACGUGAAGUAAUCUUUAUCGCUUUAUUUUGUAAUUUCUUUUCGCGAAAUAGUCGCGUACUUUUGCAUGCAUUUUCUUUAGUAGUAGUUGGGAAGGGAUAGUCAGGGGUAAUAAUCGAAGUAUUUUUAACGUAAUAUUAAGCUGGGUAAUGCUUGUAUAAAAAAUUCUGGGAAAUAUGUACUUAAUAAGUUGUUUCUAGGAACCUCAUACCAGGUAUGAGAAAUCCCAAGACUUGCAAGUACUGCAGCAUCGCAAUAAAAAUUUAUAAAACUUUUGGCACAGAAUUUUGGCACGAACCUUGUAUUUACUGAACGCAUUUAUUUUGAAGUGUUAUUUGACUUCAAUGAGGCUACUAUCCACUCAGGAAGAGCUAUACUCCGGACUAGAAAGGAUUCUUUUGUGUGUGAUUUCGUGACCAGGACUCGCUGGAAUAUCAUCGAUGCUGUAUUUCGAUAUCGGUUUUAGAAUCGUAGCAUUUACAAGACAUUCAGGCCAAAACAUUUUGUUUAUUGAUAAAUUUAGACGUAGAUUUUGCAUGUUUAAUCAGUAAUUUUCACUAUGUGAUCCUGCCAUGCCAUGCCAUAGGGAAGUUUUUCUCAUGAGCCAACACAACGGGUUGUUGAUUCCCGCAUGAUAUGAACCGAGGCUAAACUGUGUGAAUAUCCUGAUGAAAAUACUGGCCCCGGUUGUAUAAAAGUCUCAUUAACUUCUAACUGUAGUUAAGGACAGACUUGUCCAAACAGAGUCAUGUAUUUCUGAGUUAACUAGCAUUUAACUGUAUAUGCAAAAUGUAGUUAAAGAGUUUUAUACAACCGGCCACAGUACACUAAAUAUUGUGUUCUCAAAUGUAUUUGAUGUAAGCAUAUUACUAUAAUGUAAAAUAAUAAGUUGUAACAGGAUUUAGUGAAAUAUAUACCACCGCUUAACCUCAUUUUUUGCUGAA